AUGGCAACUCUCCGGGCCACCCUCUUCCGUCCCCUCCGCUCCAACACCCACAAGCUCCCUUCCAUUUCUCCUCCCCUCCGUCUUCAAGCCCUGAACUCGAAAAGCUACGGCACUGUAUCAUCUGUUCCUCCUCAAGCUACAGAAAACACUGUUACAUCUCAAAAGGAUGUUUACCAAGAAGCUCUCAAUGCAACUGAACCUCGCACUAACUGGACGCGAGAAGAAAUCAAGACGAUUUAUGACAAACCAUUGAUGGAGUUAUGUUGGGGAGCAGGAAGUUUGCAUAGAAGAUUUCACAUACCUGGAGCUAUUCAGAUGUGUACACUGUUGAAUAUCAAAACGGGUGGUUGUUCCGAGGAUUGUUCUUACUGCGCCCAAUCAUCACGCUAUCAAACCGGUCUCAAAGCUUCCAAAAUGAUAUCCGUUGAAUCCGUCCUCGCCGCUGCCCGCAUCGCUAAGGACAAUGGCAGCACUCGUUUCUGUAUGGGCGCCGCGUGGCGUGAUAUGCGUGGUCGUAAAACCAAUCUCAAAAAUGUUAAAACAAUGGUUAGCGAAAUUCGUGGCAUGGGCAUGGAAGUAUGCGUUACUCUUGGAAUGAUUGACGCGGAGCAAGCUCAGGAACUCAAGGAAGCAGGUUUGACUGCUUAUAAUCAUAACGUGGAUACAUCCAGAGAUUUCUACCCAAAAGUCAUCACAACAAGGAGUUAUGAUGAGAGAUUGAACACAAUCAAGAACGUGAGGGAGGCAGGUAUCAAUGUUUGUACCGGGGGGAUUCUGGGGCUGGGUGAAAAUAAGAGUGAUCAUAUUGGACUUUUGGAGACGGUGGCUACGUUACCUUCGCAUCCGGAAUCGUUUCCCGUGAACAUGUUGGUGGCCAUCAAGGGAACUCCACUGGAAGGAAACAAGAAGGUAGAAUUUGAAAACAUGUUGAGAAUGGUAGCAACAGCUCGAAUUGUCAUGCCAAAAACCAUUGUACGCUUGGCUGCCGGAAGAGGAGAACUGAGCGAAGAACAACAAGUCUUAUGUUUCAUGGCUGGUGCCAACGCCGUAUUCACCGGCGAGAAAAUGUUAACAACACCUGCCGUUGGAUGGGGAGUAGACUCUGUUGUCUUCAACCGAUGGGGCUUGCGACCCAUGGAAAGUUUCGAGGUUGAUGCUUUAAAAAACGACAAGCCAGCUGCGGCUGCUACUACAGAGAUUCCGGUGGAGGAAAGUAAGGCAGAAAUGCCCGGUACGGUUGCAUGAUUGUUUGUUCGAUUUGGAUACCCCAUGGCGUUUGGUGCGCUUAUCACAUCGAGUUUAUCUAAGGAGAUAGUAAUCGAACAAUGGAAGUGCUGUUACGCCACCAUUGGGAUUGGCGUAUUGGACUGAGAUCGACUAUACCGCGAAAAUGUUUUGCGCUAUCGUGUGUUGUCGUCUCGUGGGAUUCAGCGUUGCUUUGUGUUUUCGUCUUGGUUAUGUUUGAAGUGGAGGGACGGUUAUAUAGAUACGGAGAAUUUAUAUAUACAUCUGUGUGAUUGGCAGAAUAUAUUGUUCCUUUGCAUCGUGAAUAUAGUUGUAAUUACGAGGU